AUGUUGAUGUCGUCCGAAUCGAUGGUUCUAAGCCGUUCGGUCGCAUCACUACGUCCACCGCAUUCCACCAAAGCUUCUGCUCCCAAUCUCAACGCCAUCUACAGAAAGGCCUCCUCAUCAGCACCUAGUCUCGCUAAAGCUUCUCUUCGUAAGGCCUCCUCUAGCGCUCCCAUGACUCGUUCGACUCUCACUGUAUCCGAUGCAACUAGACAACUCACCUCCAAAUCAACCGGUAUCAACACAUCACCCUCACUCUGUGCCAUGCCGCCAUCACCGCCCCAUGAUGGCGACCUAAACCUAGGAGACGUAGUCGAGGUUCCCGGCAGGAUGCACGGAAUUGUCAAGUUUAUCGGAUCAGUCGACCAGAAAAAAGGUAUCUUCGCCGGAGUAGAAUUAAGCAAAGAGUUUGCGUCGCGAGGCAAGAAUAGUGGCGAUGUAGACGGGAUCAGUUAUUUCACCACAUCGGUUCCUGGAGCAGGUAUAUUUCUACCCGUUAACAGAGCACAUCGACGUACAUCAUUUUCUGUAUCCCGUAACGAAUGUCCACCGCCUACUCCGACCACACCGUCAAUAAGUGGAGGUAUGAAAAUAACAGGCCAUACUUCGACUGGACAUACACCGCCGACACCAGGUCUUCACAAAAUCGCUCAGUCUAGGGGAAAUGUUGGGACACAAAGUCCGCAGGGAAAAAAGAUCGGUCGCCCCUCCCUCCCACGGCCGGAGUCGCCCCUACGAAAACCUCAAAACUCCGUGAGAUCUUCAUUCGGAUCAUCAAGCGGAAGGCUAGCAGUUAAAUCACCCUCAAAGUCACCCAUGAAGUCACCUGCCAAAAAUACUACUCCCGCUCCGCGGAAAUUUGGCCAAAGUGUCCGUGGCACCCAAGAUUCCCGCGAGGUCGUGAGGAAAAUAGGACUCACUCCACAACCUGUUCGGAAAGGUAGACUGGCUGCACGGAGUACUUCGGCUAUGGAACAAGGUAUGCGGAACGAAAGCGGAGGUGAGGAAUCGUCUGUGUCAAAGGUAAAAACAGCGCAUCAUACAAGUCUCGGCUCACUCCCUCCCUUUACUCCAAAAGUACGCGCAGCCUCCCGCUCAAAUUCUCGUGCCAACUCUCGAGUUGAUCGCUACCACGACGAUGCUGAUCACUUACGCGCGCAGCUCGAAGAUCGUGAUAGAAGGCUACAGGAACAAGCUAUCACUCUGGCCGAAUUAGAGAAUGCUUUACUACAGGCAGAGCUAUCAACAAACCUAGUCACCUAUAAUAAAUCCAACCAGGAUAAGGUCGAAGAUAAAGAUAUCUCUCAGCUUCGGAUGAUGCUUCAAGAAAAGAAUGGGAAAAUCUCGUCGCUUACGGCAGAAUUCGAUGCACAUCGAGCCGACUUUCGAAGUACCAUUGAUACUUUGGAAUCUGCGAGCGCGGAAACGGAGCGCGUCUAUGAGCAAAGAAUUGACGACUUGUUGUUGGAAAAUAGGGAACUCGCCGUACGGACGGAAGACGUUGGCAGCGUCGCGAGGCAACUAAGACAGCUUGAAGAACUAGUCCAAGAGCUUGAGGAGGGUCUAGAAGAUGCCAGACGUGGAGAAGCAGAGGCUCGGGGGGAAGUAGAAUUUUUGCGAGGGGAAGUUGAGCGGACCAAGUCUGAGUUGAAGAGGGAGCGAGAGAAAGGUUCAAGGGGGGAGUCUCAAGGAGCCGAUGAUAUUGAUGUCGCGAUGUGGGCUAAAGAGCUACAACGCCAGGAUGACGAGAUCCGAGGCCUAAAAGCUAUAAUCCAUUCCCUUAGCCGGGACGCAGUGUCCGACACAAAUGAUGAUCUCGCCACGAACCCAACACUGCAUAAACGUACAGAUAGUUCCAGCAGUCUCCCAUCUGAUUCUAGGACAGAGACGAACAUAUUGGGAGAAAAACUCGAAGAAUAUAACACCUAUAUCGAGACGGAAUUCUUCACACAGAAACAGCAUGAGAGUGAGAUUUCCAGCCAACAGGACACAAAUACUAGCACAAAAAGUACGGCGAUAAUUGUUGGAGAAAAUUUAGCUAACCCAAACGUCACUGAAAAGGCUGGUAGUCGGCACAAUCAGGAAUCGCGCGCGAAAAUUAGAAGCGCUAGACAGUUAAAGAUACCUACCGCGAUAUCUGAUGGCGACGCCUUUGCCACUGCAAACGAGAAUUUCUGUGAGAUUUGUGAAACUGCUGGGCACGAUAUUCUGACCUGUACCAAAAUGUUUACUCUGAAAGGAAACCAAGGGGGCAAUCGCUUGCGAGCAUGGAAAGAUUCUAUAGCCCCAGAUGAUUACAAGCCAGCACCCUUAUCGCCACGAAAAAAUUCCUCCAUGUGCCUGCCACCAAGCGGCUCGUUGGCGGCCUCGCCCGUCGCUGGGAAGGAUAGCGGGAUAAUAAAUUUGGAUAAAUGGUGCGGAUUGUGUGAGCGGGAGGGUCAUGAAAGUAUAGACUGUCCCAACGAAGAUGCAUUUUAG